CAAAGAAAGUGAGCACGAUGUCAGCCUGCAUGGCGUGGCUUCUAUUUAUCCUUCUUCUGUUUGGAUGCCAAAAUGGCGGCUGUCAGUCCUCCCCCGAGGCUCAAAAGGAGGCGGCCACAAGCGACAACAGCACAGUGUUCACCAGGAUCCUGGAUGGGCUCCUUGAUGGUUAUGACAACAGGCUGCGGCCUGGUCUUGGAGAGAACGUCACAGAGAUCAAGACAGAUAUUUUUGUCACAAGCUUCGGCCCAGUGUCUGACACAGAAAUGGAAUACACCAUUGAUGUGUUCUUCCGUCAGACUUGGAAGGACGAGCGCCUGUGCUUCAAAGGGCCCAUGGAGAAGUUGUCCUUGAACAACCUGCUUGCCAGCAAUAUUUGGACACCUGACACGUUUUUCCUCAAUGGCAAGAAGUCCAUUGCUCACAACAUGACCACACCAAACAAGCUGCUGAGGCUCACUGAUGACGGCACUCUCCUUUACACUAUGAGAUUGACGAUAUCAGCCGAAUGUCCAAUGCAAUUGGAGGAUUUCCCCAUGGACUUCCACGCCUGUCCUCUGAAGUUUGGCAGCUAUGCCUAUCCGGUGUCUGAGGUGGUUUACACGUGGACUCAAGAUGCUGCCACGUCUGUGGAGGUGGCAGACGACGGGUCAAGACUCAACCAGUACCAUCUGAUUGGAUUAACUGCCGGCACAGAAGACAUACAUACAAGCAGAGGUCAGUAUACAGUCAUGAUGGCUCACUUCUACCUGAAAAGGAAGAUUGGAUAUUUUGUCAUCCAGACAUAUAUGCCAUGUUUUAUGACUGUAAUCCUGUCCCAGGUGUCAUUUUGGCUAAAUAGAGAAUCUGUUCCUGCACGGACAGUUUUUGGGGUGACCACAGUGCUGACAAUGACCACCCUCAGCAUCAGCGCCAGAAACUCCCUCCCUAAAGUGGCCUACGCUACAGCAAUGGACUGGUUCAUUGCCGUCUGUUACGCAUUUGUCUUCUCGGCCCUUAUUGAAUUUGCAACGGUGAACUACUUCACCAAGAGGAGUUGGGCGUGGGAUGGCAAGAAAGCUCUGGAAGCACAGCACCCAAAGAAACGGGACCCCAUGGUGCUGUCGAAAAAGUCCAAUAACGUUUGCUCGGCAGCCCUCAACUGCACGCCGAACAUCACCAAGGACGUCUCAAUCUCUACCAUCUCCAACACAGCAUCGCUGCAGCUGCGAGCCUCUGAGCUAAAGAUGGCGGACCCCAAGAAGACCUACAACAGUGUCAGCAAGAUUGAUAAAAUGGCUCGGAUAGUGUUUCCUGUUCUCUUUGGAACCUUCAACCUUGUCUACUGGGCCACCUAUCUAAACAGGGAACCAGUGAUAAAGGGAGUUGUUGCCUUGCCCUAGUGUAGUGUAAUUUGAAGUCUAUGCAUCUCUGUAUGUCACCUUAAAUGGUGAACUAGCUGCAGUGAGUAGAGC